AUGAAGGUUUGUCUUUUGUAUUACAGUGGUUGUUCGUCAAAACGAAGGUUUGUCUUUUGCUUUACAGUGGUUGUACGACAAAACGAAGGCAGAGUCUUUUCUUUUACUACUCCUCUGGCUAAAAAGAAUCAGCUAUUCUAUUUCAAUGACCUUGGAUUCCGUGUGACGGAGCGACAUUUCAUUGUGUUUGAAGUACAGAUGUGUAACGGUGCACAGGUUAAACUUCAAUCAUCAACCAUCGAAAACUCCAUGCAGUACGACAUAUACUUGGGUUAUUUUGGUCGUACAGGAAUUUGGGACUAUCAAGGGUCCGUAUUCGGCGAUGUGAUCAUACUUAAUCCACUGGACUGCUCGGUGUCCAAAACAUUCUGGCUUGAUUGGAACGACGGAGGAUUCAUCGAGGUUGGAACAGGGGCAGUGGUUGGAGUGGACCGCAUUUUGGCGUACAGAACCAAAGAUAAAAUAGAUGUAAACUUCUUGGGCGCGUACAGCUCCACCGCACUCAGUGGGGUCUGGAGAGUAAACAUAGAUGAAAGUCCUGUGUUUCAUUCCCCGCACUACGACAACAGCACUGUGAUCGAGGUGCCCGAGGGGACCCCUGCUGGAAGCGAGGUGUACACCCUGAUGGCGUUUGACGCGGAAGGGGACGCUAUUACGUACGAAAUGCUCGAUGGACAAACCCACCUGUUUGAGUUGACAGGCGACAAACUGAAAAUACUCAGAGUGUACGAUUUUGAAGAUUCUGCUCAGUUCUUUGUCUUACUGUUCAGAGCCAACUCGACGAGUUAUUCAAUACAGGCCUCGAUGGGUGUGAGAGUAACCAAUGUGUAUGAUGAGAAACCUCUUCUGAUGGCAGUUAGUGUUAAUGUGAGGGAAGAAUUACCUGUUGGUACAAUCAUCCACGGAACGCACGGCUUAAGAGACGCGGAUGUCGACGACGGUUUUAAUUUCACUCUUAGUGGGUCGGACGCUGCGUAUUUUAGAGUCGGAUUAUUAACGGGUCAAAUUUCUAUUGGUAAAAGAAUGGAUUUUGAUGCAGACAGUAGUCAAAUUGAUUUUGAAAACCUUGUUCUCAGCGUUGUUGACAAGGGAGGUAACGAAGACAACGUCAGCCUCUCAAUAAGAUUAAAAGAAACAAAUGACCAACCCCCAAGCAUCACCUCAACAUUUCAACUAGCCACGGUCACUGGUGCUGUCCAACAAGCCGGUGCCAUUGCGCAUUUUAACUGUAGCGACAAGUUGGAAGAAAACACAACUUCGGGAUACACCAUCCACAUUGGACACCAAAUGGAUGGACUAUUUCGUCUGGAGGGUAACGAAAUGUUCGUGGAUACUACAAACAUCACGUACGAUGCUGUUUCGGACACAGACGAAGCCUACACAGUGCCGGUGAUUUGCGCGGAUGUUCCUCACAGUGGGGAGGUGAUGAGCAGCACAGCAAUUGUUCUCACUGAGGUUACUCCUGAUAAUAGUAACGACUAUGUCCCGGUGUUUGUGGAUCUAGCCACUGUUACCGUCGCAGAGAACACAGCACCCAACACUGUCAUCACCACGCUGCAGGCUGUUGACAAAGACGCCGGCGACAAUGGACAUAUUACAUAUCAGAUUUUAUCUGUAACCACAGAUUCUGGUAAGAAUGCACAGACCACAUUUAAAAUUGAUUCUGAAAAUGGUGAACUUCAUAUGACAAUGUUGCUAGAUGUGGAUGGAGCGACUGGGCAGCGUGACGAAUACGUCGUUGUAGUGUUGGCAACCGACGGUGGCAGUCCCUCUCGUAGUACCACGGGCACCAUGACAGUACUGGUGCUAGAUUCUGACGACCGUCCAGCCAUGUUCCAGAAAGCCGUGUAUUUCGUUGAAGUAACUUGUAGUAUUCAGCUUGAAGACAUACUUUUUGAAUUUUCUGUUCAAAAUACUGACAAAACGUUUGACAAAAAUAUCACUUUGUCGGGUGAUGGGAGUGAAUAUCUGUCUGUCAAAGGCCUGUCUGUGGUUCUGUACAGUCGCCCUACACAGACCACAUCACUAGAGAUCGCAAUUACCGCGCUGUUGAAUAUGAAAGUUGAUUCACACGCUGAAGAUCAAGCCGUGUUGCUGUUGAGCUUUUCUCAACUAUGCGAUGAGGACACCACACCGACGACCUUCACAAACACUACUGUACAAGACGGUCCAAGCACGGCAGCUGUAGGCAGUGACCAGCGGGAGUGGGCUGUGCGUGGCAUCGCAGUCAUCCUGUGCACUGCACUGCUAGUGUGUAUCUUCAUUCAGAUAGUAAAACUGUAUUUCAAUCCAAUGGACAUGAAAGUGAGCCCCGACAAGCCGUCUUUGUCGAGUAGAUCCGAGAGAGGCCGCCCUAGCACGCCGCUGUACAGCUGUAAAACAUCCAACUGACCGCCCAGUGGCGUGACACGCCUUAUACGGAACAGUUAGUCUCUCCACCAGUUUUGAACUUUCCAGUUUAAAAAUCCCUCUAUUAAUACAAACUGCUACAAUAAUUUGGAAUCGAGUAUCUGCCAGCACGCUUUAUUUUAUUUGAGCUUCCAUGUUUUUCUGGAAGACUUGGUUGGUCGAGUGGUUAAGGUCGCGGGCUGUCAAAUGCCGUGCGAAUUCGUGCAGUAGGUUCGAAUCCUGCUAAUUGACACUUUGUUUUAAAUAUUCUAUACUAGUUUGCUCACAGUGUCAUAUUCAUUGUUGG